CUCUGUAGGGAAACCCCUCCUGUCUGUCGAACGCAAAAUCGAUUGUUAUAAAGUGCGCAUGUGCGGUAGUUACCCGGGUAGGUUUUGCUUUCGCAAGGGAACAAAUUACGGGAACGAACUGUAGAAGAGGGUGGAGAACGGAAAAACAAGACCGUAUUCACUCACGGAACUGAAGGCACUGGCGAUUGCAGAUGUCGUACUACUCCUCGUCCCACAGCUCGUCUCGCAACACUGACUGCAAGGUCUAUGUGGGAGAUUUGGGCAAUGGCGCGGCCAAGGGCGAGCUGGAGCGCGCGUUCAGCUACUACGGCCCUUUACGCAGCGUCUGGGUAGCUCGGAACCCUCCCGGCUUCGCCUUUGUAGAGUAUGAAGACUCCCGAGAUGCCGAGGAUGCUGUGAAGGGCAUGGACGGGAAAGUGCUUUGUGGGUCUCGGAUCCGAGUGGAGCUCUCCACCGGCUUGUCCAGGAAGACCCGGUACGGCCGGCCGAGCCGCAGGCACUUUGACCCCAACGACCGUUGCUACCAGUGCGGCGACAAGGGCCACUACGCGUAUGAUUGCUACCGCUUCAGCAAGCGGGGCGGCAGCCGCCGAAGCAGGUCUCGUUCCCGCUCACGCUCUCGAUCCCGCUCCAGGUCCAGAGGACGUCGCUACCGCUCCCGUAGCCGUAGUAACGACCGCAGGUACCGUUCCCCAUCGUACUCCAAGCGCAGAAGCAGGUCUGGCUCUCCUGCCAGGUCCAGGUCCCGAACUCCAGUGCGGAGGUCCCGAACUCCAGUGCGGAGUCGCUCCCGCUCUCGCUCUCGUUCCCGCUCUGUGUCGCGCCCCAGGGGGCGCUCGGUCUCUCGCUCUCGCUCUCGGUCCCGAUCUCGCUCCAGGUCCCGCUCCCCCAGCCCCAAGAGAGACGGAUCCAGCCUCCCUGUUGAUUAGCUUCAGAGUGAAAACAAACCCCAAAAGAGAGAAAUCAGACGUGAUCAGACUACAGUGACGAAUUUCUGCAGGCUUUUUUUUUUUUUCUUAGAGUUGGGGAGUCGACCUGCGCAAGCCCUGACCAGGUUCAUCCUUGCUGAGUUUUUUUAACGUCCGCGAGGGAAAAGAGCUGACGAGACCUCAGUCUCCGCCCAUCGGGGGUUAAAGAGGUCGUCCGACGCACGUUCCGACGAGACACUUCCUGCGCAUACACACACCGCUCUUCUCCACCCCCCCCCCCCCCCUCCCCACUCCCCCAUUCCCCACCUGAACGGCGUGCUGAGAUCAGGCGCCCGCUGCCUUGUAAGCCCCGCCCAAAGCUCCGGCCUCGCUUAGCUUCUGAGGGUGAGAGGAGAGCUGACGAGAGAUCAGACUUCAAGACCCUCCAGUGUGUCUCCAAGUUCUCGCGUCCGUCGAGUCUCUGUUCUUGUUGUUUCUGCCAGUGUCUUCAAAGGUAACCCAUUCAAGAGUCACUGUCAUUUAUGAUCAGAACCCAGCCCUGAACGCACAUGCUCCCAAGACCUAGCGUAACAAAACCGUUUUUGCAGUUUCUCUGUGGUAUAGCCUUUUCUGUACUCUGCACUCUGCAUUCCCUCCCUAACUGUUUUUAGGUUUGUUUGUCGUAUUUGGGUAAAAGGUAUCUCAAAAGGUUUGUGUUGAAUAAUAGCCAUUGGGAGGGAUUGCCUGAUUUACGCUCUAUAAAAAUAGAGGGCAUUUAGCUGUUGGUCUUGGGAGAUGCAGCAUUAACAUACUGUUUAUGGACAUUACUCUGUGGCUUCAGUGUUUUAACUCGAGCUGUUAAUUGUGACACUUGUCCUUAAAGUAGGUGGGCCCAUGUGUUGGAUUGAGUGGCCGGGACUUGGGUUCCCCUGGGUUCUGAAUCCUAACGUGUGUCUGGGGCUGCUGCAGCCCAGAAGCACGCCCUUUGUCCUCUAAGUAGCAGGUGCACAGGAGUCUCGUGCCUAACAGUAUGCUUGUUUGGAGGCAGUUUUGUUUCCCUUUUAUACAUCUGUUGUUGUUGUUGUUGUCCCCCUCCCCCCCAACUCUGUUUUUGUUUGGGUGUGGGGGGGUUAGGGGGGAAGUGCAGGAAGUGCACGCUCAGUCCUCGGCUCCUGUCCGACUCGCGGCCUUCCCCCGCAGGGUGGUGUCACACCUCAGAUAGCCCUCUUGCUGCUAACUCCUGUUGCCUUGCGGCCCAUCAGCUUCCUUUCUCUGUCCCUGAGCCCUUUGCAUAUCCCUUUGUUUCUUUUCAAUUGGAAAGCGUGGGUACAACACCCCACGCCCAACCCCCCCCCCCCCCCCCCCAGUCGAGUGACCCUGUGGCCGUUCAUCGCCUGAGCACUUUUGCGGUGGCCUGGUCACGGUGCAGUGUAGCAGUAAGUGGGUUUUGCGGUUGAGCCAGACAGGAGCCGGGGGAAGGGCGUGCGCGGGGGGUGGGGGGGCGCUGCCGCUGUGGAGGUUCGGCCAGCUUCCGCCCUGUACUAACGCCCCUCUCUGUUCCUUUCAGCCGUUCCAGGUCGCCCAGCCAGAAAAAGAGCCCCACUCCCAACGGUGACUGAAGGGGAGAAAGGAGGAACCCCCCCCUAAAUUCCCCCACCCUUUUACCCCCACCCCUCUCCCCACACCCACCCUUGGAGCUUUGAAGGCUUUUUAUUUGAUCAUUUCUGUCUGUUUUAAUUUUAAGGCUAAUCCUCCCCUCCCCCCCCCUUUCGUCCCAUUAUUUUCUAUAGCCGUGCAAGUUUCAACUGUACCAUGUCUGGCCCAGCCCCUCCCCCUUAAUCCAGACAGCACAUUCCAAAAACUGCCUGUUCGGAUGUUUCUUUCACUUGCCCUCGUUUAAUUUUUUUUUAAGAAAAUAGAUAUUUAAAUAUUUUUAGCUCUUUUUUUCCGUUUGUAUGAUUUGCCAGUCUUACUUUCAAAUUUUUAUUUUCUGAAUUCCCAAUAUGACUGCGUAGCGCACGCAGAAGUGGGUGGUUUGAGUUGUAAUGUGCUGUAGUUGUGAGUGUACAGGACCCUUGAUGCCAGGCGGUUGGGCCCACAUGAAAUUGCAUCAGAGCUCGACUGGAAGCAGGAUUCAAUUUUUUUUUUCCUCCCCCCCCUCUCAUUGGAAUGUAAAUUCCUGGAAAAUGGUAAUUUGAUUUUUUUAAAAUAAAGUACAUGUACACAAA